UAUGCAAAAAAGGACCCAGCCACGUUCAAGAUUCCUGAUGCUGUGUUUCAGGACCCUGAAAUGACAGACCAAACAAAUGUGCAGACUAGGGAAAUUCUGACUUCGCAACGAGGACUCAUCAAAGUAAAGCUCAUGACAAGCAUCACGAAUAAAAUGAAAAUUUCUGUUCUUGCAAAGUCGUUAUCGUCGAGCGGUCAUGAAAUAACUGUAGCACACUGGGCUCGGUUUUCUUUUUUGUGCUUGUUGUUGGUCAACUUCAUACAGAUUUUUGACGAAUCUGCAAGGAUCUCUGUGGCACAAAAGAGCAGAGAGGCAUCUACAGCUGUCGUGGACCCAGCACUGUUGAACAUAGAUGACGAGGAAUGUGAGAGGUUUGGAACUGCAGAUAACACCCCUCGUAUCUGGGUGAUUUCUGAAUAUUGGGAAUACAUUGACUUACUCUUAGCUGAUCUCCGAACAGUGUCUCGGAAAGCUGCCAAGGCAAGCCCUGUGACAUCGCCAAUCACAAGCGAGGGCUACUUGAAAGAUUUUUUCAAGAACUGUCUUGAGGCAGACCUCAAACAAUACUCAGCUGGCUGCGAGGGACUCAAACCAGCAUUCAAGAAAGUAACAGUUAACUGGCAGCGAGCCAUUCACAAUGAACUGGUUUGG